AUUUAUACAACACGCAGUUCUAACCAAUCAAGGUCUUUGUUUAGGUCACGUGACCUGUCAUUUCAUAACUUUCUAACGUGAAAGGCAUAUUGAUGUCGUUUAGAAGACAUUGUAGCACGAAUGAGUUUGUUUUCGGAACAUAACCGUCUCUAAUGGUGAAUUCAGAAUGGUGGAUCUAGCCAAAGAAGCAUUUAACACUCAUAACUAUGACUUAGCGGCCGAAAUAUACGAAAGAUCGAUCAAAGACCGUGGACCUAACAUUGAAGUUUUCCUUGGUUUAGCCGACUCUUUAGCUGGAACUGGUGACUUUAGCAAAGCUUUUACAGCCUAUACACAGGCAUUGCGUCUCGGGAGUGUAACCCCUGAACGGUUGAAGCAUCUGGUAUCAUUUCUAGUGGACAUGAUGGGCAAGAAUGAUAAGCUCAUGCCCCAAGCUGCAAAGGAUGUCGAUAGGGAUUUAUUUCGUUGUCACCUUUGUAUGGGAUUCUUCGUCAAUCCCUUAACCAUACCGUGUGGGCAUACAUUUUGUCGCAAAUGUUUGGAAAAACGGCAAUCAAAACAGUGCAAAAAGUGUGACGAAACACAUCAUUUUUUGAAUAUACGUUCGAUCAAAAACAAUAUUCUUAUUUCAAAGAUGAUAGACUUAUUAUUUUCUACUGAAAUGAAUGCAUCAAGGCUAAAGGAACAAGCUAAUUGUGCAAUCAAGACCAGGAAAUUUAAAGAAGCUGCUGAUAUUUACACCCAAGCUUUAGAACAUGCUCCAAAUGACCAUGUCCUGGCAAGUAACAGAGCACAUGCCUAUAUCUCCAUGGGGAUGUUCAAAGAAGCAUUAGCGGAUGCGGAUAAAGCAAUAGCGCUGAAACCUGAUUGGCCAAAGGGGUAUUACAGAAGAGCCACAGCUUUAUCAGAAAUGUUUCGACUUCAGGAAGCAAGUCUUGCAUACCUUCAAUGUCUCACUUUGGACCCCUCAGCAGACACAGCUAGGAAUUGCUUGGCCAAGACCCUGCAUAAAGUGUUACAGCCACUACCUCAGGAACACAUUAAAUUGUCCGAGUUGAAUCUAAACCCGACUCACUUCACAAGCAGCUACUCUACAACAGAGGGAGCUACUGCAGAACCCCUAGGCACCAAUAUUUUCACAAAAGAGACUCUUGAACAACUUAAAUUGAAAUUAAAAGAGAAAAUUUUGCAAAGUAGUUAUGCAGAGUUAGUGGAAAACCAAGAAUCGAAGAAUACAUCUCAGAAUGAAUCAGCUUGCAGUCAGGAUGCAGAGACCACACCCUCAAAAUGUGAGACAGACAACCAGUCUGAACAUUCUCCCAUUCUUCCAAAAUGUUCACACUCUCCUUCUGAAGAGUCAAAAGUCCCCAACAGCCCACAACGAAGAAAACGCAACAUUUCUGAAAACAGUGACUACAGGCGCGUGAGUGACUUGGUUAGCCCGACACGACCAGGCCCCAGCAAGAAAGGAAAGCAAGGAAGCCCACCUAGUCCAACAACAUCAAGAAGAGGUUCAACAACAACGUUUGAGACUAAGUUCCACAAGUGCCUGACUAAGGACGACUUUGAAUGUGGACUCUGCUUUAGGUUAUUGUAUGAGCCAGUUACGACACCAUGUGGCCACGUGUUCUGUAAACAAUGCCUUGAUCGCUGUCUUGACCACAAUACCAGCUGUCCGGCAUGUAGAAGCUGUCUCGCUGAGUAUUUGGCGGCACGUCGCGAUUCCACCACCGAGGUUGUCAAUGAAGUCGUACAAAAGUAUUACCCUGAGGAGUAUGCCGAACGUAAAGAGGUUUUCGAAGCCGAGAUGUUAGAGUAUGCCGGCCUUGUUGAGGAGGAGAAAGUAAAAAUCCCAAUAUUCGUCUGCACUGUCUCGUACCCCAAGAUUCCCUGUCCUUUACAUAUAUUUGAGCCUCGUUAUCGAUUGAUGGUCAGGCAGGCUAUGGAGGCAGGAACACGACAGUUUGGGAUGACUGUUGCCAAUGGACCAGAAGAGGAUGAUUUCGCAGACUUCGGCUGUAUGCUUGAGAUCAGAGAUGUCCAAUUUUUCCCCGAUGGUCGCUCUGUAGUGGACUGUAUAGGAGGAAGGAGGUUCCACGUGAAGAGUAAGGGCAUGAGGGAUGGUUACAACACUGCAGAGGUUGAGUUUAUUCAAGAUAUAAAGGUCCAAGGCCCAGAAGCUGAAGAAUUGAAAAAGAUCCAUGACAAAAUGUACGUUGAAGUGAAGAAAUGGAUCUCAUCUCUAUCAGCCCGUCAAAUGGCCCAGAUUACAUCACAUUUUGGCACAAUGCCAGAACCAGAUAACGAUCCACAGCUUCUCGAUAAUGGCCCCACAUGGGCUUGGUGGAUACUGGGAGUUCUACCUCUUAAUCCAGCAGCACAAAUCAAAAUCCUCGCGAUGCAGUCCCUGAAAGAACGAUUACUAGCGAUGAGAAAGAUUUUGAAAUGUGUUAAAGAGAAACAAUGACUAGCUGAUAGUUUGAUGAACACUAUUGGACGAUGGGUAAUUGAGCGAAGAUCACUCGUGUUCCUCGCAUGUGUCUUGAUUAUGGGCCAGAUCGUGAGACUCUUUUUUAUUGGCUGACUUAACACAUGGUUCCAUGAUAUGCUAUCACUACACAUGGUGCGCUAAAUGAACUCAUCUGGCAUUUUUGAGACAAUUCAUUUGACAUUAUUGCCAAAGAAUAUAUGGUGAAGACCUGAUUCACAGAGCUACAAUUCUCACAGUAUCAAAUUCAUUCUCAACUAGAUAAUUGAUAAUAGAUCUCACCUCUAGCCUGGUCAUUAUAGAGACGAUAAACAAAGGAGCAUUAGUAGUUUGCAAAUACAUACAAAUAUAUAUUUUUUGUAACUGUGAGUAGCAUACUUUUUAGUUUAAACUUUGUCUAAUUGUGGACUUUUCGGUUUAUUUAUAAUAGAGACUUCAUGGAAUAAGUUCCAAGAUUUGGCAAAAAGGAUGCAUGCCUUGUGUAAACCCAAAAAUUCAAGAGUAUAAUCUCUUCAUUAUCUUUAUAAGUAAGCUUGUGUUGUCUUUCUCAUAUCUGGAAAUAAAUGAGGGAUUUGUCAAGCUAAAUUGAGUAAUGAAAAAGUAAAAGCCACAAAGCAGAGUCCUUCUGGAGGUGGGCCACCUUUAAAGGACCUAGUUAAGUGGAACACCUUAAAAGAACUUAGUUAAGUGGAACACCUUUAGCCCUUUCACGACGAUCCUUUUGGCACCACUAUUGCCAGUUCUAUUCAGUAUUGUUACACCAAUUUUGACAAAUUGCAAAAAUAUUAAUAAUAAAAAAUAGAUCAUUUCUUAAUGAUUAUGUUUAUGAA